AUGGUCAAAUCUUACAACAAAGAACACCGGUGUCUCCAAACGCGGAAUGUUAAAGCUUGUACUUAUAAGUUUCUCGCCAAACAAAUUGCAAGUCAGGUGGAAUCUAACCCAACUAUUCCAAUUAGUACUUUACAAGAACAACUACAACGUGAUUACCAAGUGGGACUUUCCAAGAUGAAGGUGUUUAGGGCUAGAACUGAAGCUCUCAAUCAGGGAUUUGCUGCUGGAAGAAGAGACUUUCUUGGUCUCGAUGGUGCUUUUAUGAAGGGUCCAUACCCAGGACAAAUACUUUCAGCUGUGGGAAUUGAUGGUAACAAUGCAACAUAUCCAUUGGAUUAUGCUGUUGUGGAAUCUGAGAGUACCAACUCAUGGAGUUGGUUUCUAACUUGUCUAGGGGAUGAUUUAGGUUUAGGAACCAACUCAAAUUUUACAUUUAUGACAGACAGGAAAAAGGGAGUGUUACCUGCUAUAGCAAAGUUGUUUCCAUGCGCUGAGCAUCGUUAUUGUCUUCUUCAUAUCCAUGAAAACAUGAAAUCUUGUUGGAGGGGAUAG